AUGAGGAACGUUCAGGAGUGUAAGUCGAAAUGUGAGGCAUGCUGGGGAGAGCGGGAGAACGUUAUCCGCAGCUCCUUCCUGCCACACUCCGCGCUGAACAGAAAUGCUAUUGUACCGACGGCACCGGACUCUGAUAUACUGGAGAGCCUGCAGAGUGCUGAGCCCAUGGCGGAGAAGUUAAAAGGCCAGUUGAAUGACUUGGUGCGUUAUUCCAGCGACCUCGGCGCCCAAUCAGACCGGGUCACAGCUCUUAUCAAACAGCACAACAGUCUCAGCCUGCGGGCCUCCAGAGAGUGUCAGAAUAAGGAACGCUUGUUGGAGCAGAGGUUUCGUGCCGCUCUGAGGGACUUCCAACAGUGGCUGGUCAACGCCAAGAUCAGCACCGCCAAGUGCUUCGAUGUGCCGCAGAGUGUUGCUGAGGCCUCGGCCGCUCUGCAGAGGAUCCAAGAGUUCUUGAGUGACAGGGAGCAUGGCCAGGCCAGGCUCAGCUCUGUCGGGGCCAGCGGGGAGCUCCUGAUGGCCGUGGUGGCCAAAGACAGGGUGGAGGGACUCAAGGCCAAAGUGGCAAACGCUAGAGAGGACUGGAAGGGCCUGAUGACCAAUCUACAGAUGAGAGAGGACGCUCUCAAGAGCUUGCAGUCUCAGAUGACAGACUUUGAGGCCAGCGCUGAGCCUCUCCAGGACUGGCUAAACAACACGGAGGUCAGGGUUCAGGAGAGCAGCGCUCGGCUACACGACCUCCCGGCCAAGAGACAGGAGCUCAGCAAACUGCAGUGUGUGUUGGAAGAGAUGGCCAGCCGGGAGGCCGAGCUGGGCAGGCUGAGGGAGAGGGCCCAUCGACUCUGGGAGGGACAGGCAGCCGGCAAGGGCUUUGUUCACCGUGUAUCCCAGCUGUCGGCUCAGUAUCUCGCCCUCAGCAACCUAACCAAGGACAAGGCCUCCAGGAUCGAGCGUGUUGUAGGGGAGCACCGCCUCUUCUCGCAGGGCCUCAAGGAGCUCCAGGACUGGGUGUGUGAAGCCCAGCGGGUCCUCAACACCUGCCUCUGCCCCACCGCCGACAAGAGCGUGUUGGAGAACAGGAUGGUACAACUGGAGGCCCUGCUGGCUGCUCGUCAGGAGAGGGAGAUCCAGCUGAAGAUGCUGCUAACUCGGGGUGAAGCCGUGCAGAGGAACACUUCGGCGGAGGGGGUCCCGGUGGUUCGCAAACAGAUCCAGGACCUCAAGGACUCGUGGGACUCUUUGCUCUCCGCCUCCAUCCAGUGCAAAAGUCAGUUGGAGGGUUCUCUGUCUCAGUGGACCAGCUACCAGGAAGACGUGGGUCAGUUUGUCCUGUGGAUGGAGCGGGUGGAGGAGACACUGGGCUGCUCGGACAGACAAUACUCCGAGAUGAGAGAUAAGACUGCUAACCUUGGAAAGACCAAGCUCCUCUAUGAGGAGGUGUUGAGUCACAGCAGUCCUUUGGAGACCAUUGCCACCAAGGGGUCCAACAUGGCUGAACACUGUACCACCCUGCAGGAGGUGCAGCACCUGCGGCUCAGAUACAACACCCUGAAAGACAAAGCCAAGGCUGCUGUCGGUAAAGCCAAGGAGCUGGUUCUGGUCCAUCAGGAGUACCAGAGGGGGUUGCACGUGUUUGAAGAUUGGCUAGAGCAGGAGCAGGCCAUGUUGGCCUCCUUGUGCCAUCCAGAGGGAGAUGUGGAUACUCUGGAAAAGACACUGCAACAGCUCCAGCUCCAGCAGGAGCAUUGCUCCGAAGGCAACUCCCUGUUUUCCUCCGUGCUGACCAGUAGAGAGCGAGUGAUCCCAUGGGGAGUCCCCCAGAUCGAGGACCGAGCCCUGGACACAGCUCAGCGGGAGUGGGGGGCCUACCAGGACCGCCUGGAGGAGACUCGGGCCCAGCUGAGCACUAUCUUGGCCCGGAUGAGGCAAAUGGGCCAGAAGUUCCGGAGUUUGGCCCAGUGGCUGGAGGAGAUGGAGAAGAAGAGUUGGCAGGAGGUGAUGCUCAAGCGGCAGGGAGAGGUAGACGGUCUCUCCUCCUUGGUCCAGCAGGUUCUGGAGGAGACCCACAUGAGUGGCCGCAUCAGUGCAACUGCUACUCAGCUUACUGCCCGCUACCAUGCCCUGCUGUUCAACAUACAGGAAACCAUCAAGCAGCUACAAGAGGAGCUGAGGAGCAUUGAGGAGGCGGAGAACCUAUGCGUGUCCUUCUCUGAUUGGCUCAGCUCAGCACAGACGAACUUUGCUACAGUCACUGACAGCUCUGAACCACUGGACCAGGUUGCCAUGGAGAGGAAAAUGAAAAAAUUGGAGGCUCUCCAGGCUGAGCUCCAACAGGGCCACAGCCUCCUAAAGGCCCUGAGGGAGCAGGCAGAGCGGGCGGCAAGCAUCCUGGAGGAGGCUGGAGCUGAAGCAUUAGGAGGGGAGGUGGAGGCCCGGCUGGCCCAGCUGGAGGAACUGGCCGGUGGACUUAGGCAGGAGCACAGCUCUCUAGAGCGCGCGGUGCUGCUGGUCAAGGAGUUUCAGGACAGGUACAAGGCCCAGACCCAGUGGCUGGUGGAGACCAGGACUCUGCUCAGUGCCCCGGUGGAGCCCAAAGCCGAGCUUUACCAGAGGAGAGCGCAGCUUGCCAAGUACAAGGCCCUGUUGCAGACUGUUCAGUCUCAUGACGGAGCAGUGAGGUCUGUCGUGGAGAAGGGAGAGGCUCUCUUGGCCUUGGUCCAUUCUCCCUCCAUCAGAGACAACAUGAGCAGACUACACAACGACUACAAAAAGCUCUGUGGCACUGCCCUGGCCCACGAGGAGAAUCUGGAGGUCCAGGUAAAGGAACAGGAAGCUUACCACAGCGAGCUACAGGAGGUGGAGCGCUGGCUGCUCCAGAUGUCCAGCAGGAUGGUGACCCCUGACCCCAGUGUGGGCGGUGGCUUGGAGGCAGCUACUCAACAGCUGGCCAGACAUAAGGCCAUCAUGGAGGAAAUAGCAAGCUUUGAAGACCGCUUGGCAAGCCUGAAAGAGCGAGGAGACGACUUGGUGCGAGGCUGCAGUGAGCGUGUGCAGAGCAGACUGAGACAGCAGGUCCAGGCUCAUCAGCAAGGCACCAGAGACAGCUAUUCGGCCAUCUGUAGCACGGCACAGAGAGUGUAUCAGAGUCUGGACCGUGAGUUACAGAGACACGUGAGUCUGCAGGAUGCUCUUCAACAGUGUCAGACCUGGCUGGCCUCCGUCUCAGAGGAGCCAGAGCCUCCAGUUCAUUCCCCUCUCAGCCUAGAGGAGGCGCUACUGCAGGUGAAGCAUGAACGGGCUCUGCAGGAGCAGGCCAGCACCUACCUUCAGCUUCUGUGUUCAACAUGUGACCUGUCAGAGCCGCGGGUCAGAGAGACUGCAGCAGCCAUCCAGCAGGUUAAACUACAGAUCGAGGAGCGUAUGCUGCUCUGUGAGGAGGUGGCGGACAGUUGGAGAGACAUUGAGGAGCAGAAGGCAGACCUGGAGGUGCAGCUGAGGGAGACGGAGCAGCAGCUCCAGAGCCUCGCCAGAAGACCUGCAGAACUUGAGCCCAAGAUCGCACAGAACCAGCUGGACAAGGCACAGGAGUUCCUUCAGCAGAUUAGGGAGAGGCAGUCGGAUGUUACCCACUUGAGCGAGGCCAUGGUCGGGCUGACAGAUGGCCAGGACUGCUCUGCCCUGGAGGAGAUAGGGUGCCUGAAAAGGACAUGGGCAGAGCUGGGCCAGAGGGCUGAGGAGCUGGAGACCCAGCGCGGGGAGGACAUGCAGCGAAGCGGGGAGUACCAGGAGAGCGUGGCUGCUGUGGAGGAGCUCUUCCACCAAGUUUCUCGGGAGUGGGACUACCUCGCCAGGGCUGACACAGAGAGCACCAGUGAGCACCUGGAAGCUCUGAAGAAGCUCUCCAGUGACCUGGAGGAUCAAAGAGGGACAAUGGAAGAGCUGAGAGACCAGAGACAAGCUGUUCUGCCCCGUCUCAGCCUGCUGGACAAGGAGCUUGCCAAGCAACAGGUGGGUCACCUGGAGCAGCGCUGGGCCCAGCUGGAGGGCCUGAUCCGGCAGAAGAUCCAGGACUCAGCUCAGACGCUUGAGGAUCUGGCGCGGGUGGAAACACAGCUGAGGGAUGCACGAGAGUGGGUGGAGGAGCAACGACCCGCACUCACCUCUGCCUUGAAAACCAGCCCUCCUCCGGAUCUGGCUCAGAGCUUUCUGUUCGACCACCUGAGUGUGUGUGUCGAGCUGGAGGCAAGGCAGCAGCUGCUGGGCCAGGCGGUGAAUGAAGCGCAGGCCGUGGCCUCCAGACUAGGGCUGAGUGAGAAGCGGCAUCUUCUGGAGCUCGUUGAACAAGCCCAGACUGAAGUUGAGGCUCUAGGGGCCAGGGUGACCCAAAGGAGGAAGUACCUCAGUAAGGCCUUCACAGAGAGGACACAGUUCCUCCACGGCCUUGGGAGGGCCCUGUCCUGGGUCCAACAGCAGGAGAGGAAGGCUUUAGUUGAUGAUCACAUCGCACUGCUGCCUGAUGAUCUGACCAAACAGGUUGCUGCAUGUCGGGGGGUCCAGAGCAGCUUACGGGCAUACCAAGGGGAGCUGGCAUCUCUAUGGGCACAAGGACGAGAGCUGGAGAGAGAUGCUUCUGAUAAGGAGAGAGCGGAGACCCUAGCCCGGCUGGAGGAGCUCCAGACGCUUUUUGAGAUGGCCCUCCAGAGGACAACCAAGCGUCUGACCGACUUGGACAAAUCCUUGACCUCCAGGAAGUAUUUCCAGGUUGACCUGGACAAGACUUGCCUUUGGCUAAGAAGGGCAGAUGCCAUAACUUUCCCCGAAAUCAAUCUAACCAACAUUGAUGACAACUCAGAAUUACAAACACAACUGUUUAGCUUCCAGAAUGUUCUAGAGCAGGCAUCCGAGUACGAGAACCUCCUCCUUAUCGUCCAAAGAAUAGGCCAAGAGAUCCUCCCUACUCUGAAUGAGAUCGACCACUGCUAUCUAGAUGAGAGGCUUAACGCCCUGCCUCAGCAGUACAACAGCAUCCUAGCUCUAGCCAAAGAAAAGAGAGACAGAGUCCAGCAAAUAAUCCUGGAGGGGAAAGAGUUCAGCACUUUCUUUGAUAUCACUCGUAAUGCACUGGAGGAACUUCAGGAGCAGUAUGACAAUCUGGAGAAGCAGACUAUCAGCGUCAGUGAAGAGGACGUUUUUCGGCUUAAUAAUGAGUACAGGAAUCUGGACGGGAGUUUAUCCCAUCUUAGCCCUGCUGUGAAAGAGCUAAAAGGGAAAAAUGAAGGUUUUCUCAGCAGGGGCCAACAAUGUCGAGCUGAGGAGACGCAGCAGCUGGUCAACCGCCACAACAGCCUAAAAAGAACCACUGAUCAGAAAAUGAAGCACUUAGAAGAUUGCUUAAAAAUGGUGGUUGAACACAAGGCACUGUCAAUCAAGUUGGAAUCUGAGUUAGAGACUAUGAAAGCGAAGCUAGCCAGAUUCAAGACAGAGACAAACCUGGAUGUCAUGGAUAAACUAACAAGUCUUUAUUUACUAGUUGAAAAUCUGGCGGCUGUAAGCACUCAGGUAGAAGAAUGUAUACGGCAAACCGAAGGCCUUGGUCUGAACUUUGACCCCUCUGCUAUGCAGGAAAUAACCUCAUGGCAAAAAGCACUGGCGUUUUUACAGGUGGAAGUAAAAAUCUGCAUCACAGAAUGUGAAAAGUAUAUCAAAGAGGAUGGCGAUUUCAAGAGAGAGACUGAGAAAAUGCUGGAGAGGUUGAGGAGUAUGAAAGGCAGAUUGGAGGAGCCUUUGAGCCUUUCAGAGGUCAAAGUGCAGAAGGUAAAAGAGGAAGUGAGGAGGCUGAGAACUGUCGAGAAGGAGUUGCAAUGUAGAUUGGGGAUAGUGGAUGAGUGGGUUAGUAGAGAGAGGGAGAGAUUUAGCAGCCUAAAGGAAACUGUCCCAGCCCACUUAGAGGAACGAGCACAGCAGUUGGCAAAGCUGGGAGCUGAAGUGAAACAGACACUUGGCACUAAACAGAUGGCAGUGGAUCAAGUCCUCUCCCUUGUCCAGAGGUGCCACUUAUCUAAGCAGUUUCUCCAGAAAUGGCUGGAUUUGGCUGAGGCUUUCCUCCAGAGGGCCAAGCUGGGAGUGGAGCUGGAGGAUCAGAUGGAGAACCUCAGGGAGCUAGAGGAGAUGUUGGCACAGGAACAAGCCAUCGUGGCUGAGUUAGAGGAGCUGGAAACCUUGAAACCUCUGCUUGAGCCUUUUGUACAACCAAGAGUGAUGAAAGGACUAAGAGGAAAAGUUGAGGCAAUACAGCUGAGAAAAACAGCUGUCCAACAGCAACUGGAUGCUUGUGGAGAGGUUCUACAGAGCUGUGAUGGUCUCUGGCGCUCCUUCCAACAUGAGAGAGAGACACUGAUUGGACAGAUGAAUGAAGAAGAAAGCAAGAUGACCAUGUUCUCCUCAGCCAAAGCAGCUAACAUCCGGGAGGCAGAGGAUAAAUGUCAGAGAUACAGGUCCCUGGUGCUUAGGAUCGAGGCUCUGGAGCAGCCCUUAACCAUUCUGAGAGAGAAAGCAGCAGAGUUGGAGCAGCUCAUCUCUGAGUCCAGCAAAGCGGUCACAAGCCACUGUGUGUCAUCGCUAUGGCAACGCUGGACCAGACUCCGCAGUGCGGCCGAUGCCCAGGAGAGGGCACUGGAGGAUACCGCCAGAGACUGGAGGGGCUUCACAGAAAAGAUGGUGAAGGUGCGUUCUGUGUCAGUAGACCUCCACGGCCGCGUCCCAGACAGUACGGUGGAGAAGGCGGCCACUAGAGCGGCGCUGCAGAGCCUGCUGGAGUACCACGACUCCUUCAACCAGGAGGUGGAGAGAGAGCAGUCUGUCCUGGCCCUGCUCACACAACACACUGUUAGCCUCCGAGAAGAGGAGGAGACGGGGAGAAAGACAGAGAGUGGAUGGGUAGAAAAGUCAAACCUGCAGGAGAUCAGGCGCAUGCAGGAACGAUAUGAGAGUCUUGUGCUGCAGGUGCGUGCUAGCAGGGCUCAGGUGCAACAGGAGCUAAGGGAGAGGGAAGAGGUGGAGAAGGAGCUGGGCCUGGUGAAAGGCUGGAUCCAAGACACUCGCGGUUUGCUGCUGAGUCCCACCGCAGACCUGGAUUCAUUGCUGCAAGAGCUAGAGACCGCCCAUGGUGAAGUUAUCAGCAGGCGUCAGAGUGUGGAGCGCAUGACUGAGCUCCAGCAGUCCAAGUACCAGGACCUCCCAGCCGGCCUGCCCUCCGAGCUUAGCAUGCAGUUAGCCGAGGUGGCUCUCGCCCUGGGCUCCGCUGAGGACCAGGUCCAGGCGAGAGAGAGGGAGGUGCAGCAGACCAGGGAUGUGAAAGAGGACUUUAGCACCAGACUCCAGGAGAUUGAGGGGAAGCUGAGGACCAUCUCUCUGAAACUUGGAGACAAGGCCUCCGACCUGGAGCAGGCCAGAGAGGAGACCAAAUGUCUUUGUGAGGAGUGUGAGGGCUGUGGUCGCUCGCUGGCUGAGUUAGGUGCGGCAGUGCAGGAGUUUGUGGAGCAGAACCCCUUGUUGUGUAAGCAGCUGGGCGAUGCCCUGGCCAAACUGGCUGAGGUGCAGCGCAACACCACCCAGCAGGCCCAGGACAAAGCCAACAGACUGAAGAAGGCAGAGAGGCAGUUGGAGGAAUAUAAGGGGAUGAGGUCGUUCAUUCUGGGCUGGACUGAAAAGGCAGAGGCCCUGGUCUCUGGCAGUAUCAUCUGGAGCUCUGCCUCCCAGUUGCAGGAGCAAAUCAGAACACAUCAGGCCCUGCUGCGGGAGUGUCGGGGUCUCCAUGGCGACUUGGAGGCCAUGGGGGAGAGGGAGAUGCAGCUCGCUGAGGUGCUGCAGACGAAGGGGUGGAGUCAGCAGGUGAAACACCUCAGCAGGCGCACCGAGGAGCUGCAGCAGAGUGCUAAGACCCGCCUCCAGAGUCUGCAAGAUGCAGCCAAGGAUAUGCUGCAUUUGGAGGCAGAGGUGAAGAGCCUCCAUGCCUCUCUUGACCAGGUGCAGGUCACACUCGCCUCCCCUGACCUUAACAGACUCAGCCUCAGGGAACAACUCACACACAGACAGCGUCUGUUGGGGGAGAUGGAGGGCUUCAAGCAGCAGGUGGGAGCAGUACAGCAGUGUCAGAGUGCCCUGCGGCUACCAGAAGAGGUAGUGGCCAAUCUGCCGAUCUGCCGUACAGCCCAGACCCUGCAGCAAGAAGCCAGCCAACUUCAGCACACCACCAUCCAGCAGUGCAACAUCUUGCAGGUAGGGGGCAGUGCUCACACUGGUUAA